AUGCAGCUGAGCAACCUGACGGCGGCGGACAACGAGAGCGGAGCGCCGCCGGAGGCGAGCGAAGAAGAGGGGCUGCCCUCGCAGGCACGGGCGCUCUUCAUCAUCCGCUGCGCGAUCCCGUUGCUCUACCUGUUGAUCAUGGUGGUGGGUUUGCUGGGCAACGUCACCCUGCUGCGGAUCUUCGCCGGCCAGAGCGCCAGGCGCAGCGUGCCCCACAUCUUCAUCUCCAGCCUGGCCGCCGGCGACCUCCUGCUGCUGCUCACCUGCGUGCCGGUGGACGCCUCGCGCUUCUUCCUCGAAGACUGGAUCUUCGGCGCCCUGGGCUGCAAGCUCCUCCCGGCCAUCCAGCUCACCUCGGUGGGCGUCUCUGUCUUCACCCUCACUGCCCUCAGCGCCGACAGGUACAAGGCAAUUGUAAAUCCAAUGGAUAUUCAAACACCCAAUGCAGUUAUGUGGACUUGUAUAAAAGCUAUUGCCAUCUGGAUAAUUUCCAUCCUGCUAGCAGUUCCUGAAGCUGUAUUCUCUGAAGUGGCCCAUAUCAACGAUGCAGAUAAUGUCAGUUUCACAGAAUGUAUACGAUAUCCUCCGAAGGAUGAUUUACACCCAAGGAUUCAUUCGGUGAUGAUUCUCCUGGUUUAUCUCCUUAUCCCUCUCACAAUUAUUAGUGUUUACUACUAUCAUAUUGCCAGGAGUUUAAUUAAGAGUGCACAUAACCUACCUGGAGAACAUAGUGAACAUUCUAAGAAACAGAUGGAAACACGAAAGCGCCUGGCUAAAAUUGUCCUGGUCUUUGUUGGUCUAUUUGCUGUAUGUUGGUUGCCCACCCAUGUGCUUUAUAUGUACCGGUCCUUUAACUACAAUAAAAUUGAUCCGUCACUUGGCCAUAUGAUCAAUACUUUGGUAGCCCGAAUACUCAGCUUCUGCAAUUCUUGUGUCAAUCCAUUUGCACUCUAUUUCCUCAGUGAAAGCUUCCGGAGGCAUUUCAACAGCCACCUUUGCUGUAGCAUAAUGCCUCAUCAGCAGAGGUCUACGACUUAUCUGAAUGGAUCUUUAGCCAUUCGAAUGACUUCUUUGGAAAGUCAUGGUAGGAACACUGUCACCAUGACAACUCUGCUCAACGGGCAUCAUCCCAAACAAGAGAUAUCCCUGUGAUUUAAUCAGUGUAAUGUUUGAGCUUGGAAUGAUAUUCAACAGUUAUUCAUUUACCAUAUGAGUACUUUAUCUAACUCCCUUUAAAAUGUACAGACAUCUUGGAUUUGAGUCCUUUAGUGUACAUUCACAUUGGCUUUAAUGGAACUAGGGUUUCCCCCCCUGCACUUAUCAGCUCUACAGUUUAUUGCUUUGAACGACUGAACUUUUUUUUGGAUGGUGGGUUGGUACUGAUGAACAUAUAACAAACAUACAUAUGAAGAGUAGCAUAUAUAACUUGUUGCUAUUUAAGGAGAAAAGAAUAGUGAUUUACUUAACUGACAAUUUGACAGAGGCGCUUUGUUUUUGUUUUUUUAAAGGUUGUAUACCUCAGUAAUGUAUUUUUACAAAAGGCUGUCCAGCAAACAAAGAACCACAUAUACUGCUAAUGCUCAUGCAUAUCUGGAUAUACAUUCACACAGCUAUACUUGCCCAGUCUCCAGGGAAAUUAAUGGAUGUAGCUGGCAAUAUACAUCCCCAGCCAGGGGCAUCAGCUGUGUGCAAGCAAAUAUUGCUAGAGCAGGUGUCUAAAUGCAAACAACACAAUAACAUAUUAUGUCAAUCAUGUAUCAUGAGAAAUUAGGAGCAUAUAUCAGGAUCGUUUGCCAUACAUUUUGAAAACUCUAUGGCUUGGGUCCUAA